AUGGCAACACUGAAACAAACAAGCAGAAAUGUUACACAAAAGAAGAAACAAGAAUGUUGCGUACAAGUUCGAAAGAUAUCUAAGCAUCGUAUGAAGAGAAAGAUGCUUCAAUUCCUCAAUAGUUUAAUUAUCAUCGAGAAACUGCUUUUGGAAUGUACUCUAGAUCUUGAAUCUGGUCAAUUUAAUAUCACUGAACCGCAAUUAACCACCACAGCAUAG